AUGGGUUUAAAGCAUGUGGCUGAGGAUACAGCUGAGAGUCCGGUUCCUUUGUCCACGGAAACCACCGCAGACAUGAACACCAACCCGGAUGGCCCUGUGCCCAAGACCCCUGGCACUCACGGCCAGGCAGGCACACAGGCACCAGCUCCCCCAGAGGCCCACACCUGCCCCCUCCAAGCUGAACAUCUCCUUGUGGCCCCAGGUCCCAGGGAAGCGGAUAGUGAGGUGCCCGUGGGAUUAACACCAGAACUCCCUCCUACGACGCUGGGCACUGGACACGAGGACGUGAGGGAGGAAGCAUCUGUGGAUCCCUGUGCCUGGACCAGCUCCUCGCAGGCCUGUGGAGAGCAUCCCCCCGAAGCACGCCAUCCAAGGGACCAGCUGGAGAUAGAGGGGGAGUCGCAGAGUCAAGGGCAAGGAGGCCAUGGGGGUCGCCCGGAACUGCAGGGACAGGGAGUCGAGGAAGAGAGGGAAGGAAUGGCGGGAGAGGUUUGCCCCAGUGGCCUUUUAGGGGCGCAGCCAGGAGAGGUGCUGUGUGGCAGAGAGGGGAAACAGAGGCAGCAGAAGAUGCUAGAAAAUGGGAGGUUGGUAGAAGCAGGAGAAAGAGAGAGGCCUGAGGAGGGGGAUUGGGAGGUCCCGGGUUAUAGUGGGAUUCAGGAGGGUGGGCAGAAUGGGCUCCAGGAUCGGAGAACUCUGCAGCAGGAUGGUGAAAAGACAGAUGUGAGGGGUCCAGAGAAAGACUGGGAGGAUGAGUGGUCAGAGAAGGGAGCCGGAGAGCAGACCCAGAGGUCCGCAGAGGGGCAGGAGGCUGAGGCAGGGUGGCGCGAGGAGGGGCCCGGGGCUGGGGAGCCCCUGCAGGAAGUGGGGGGAGACGAAGGUAGUGAAGAUGGGGAGCAAGAUGGUCCUUCUCCACGGGCUCUGGUGGCCCCCGAACUCUCUCUGCUCGGUGAGGAGGCCUGUCUUCCCACUGCCAAAAGUCAGGGGGCCCAGCAGGAACCGAGGGCUGCGGAACUGUCCCCCAGACCUCAGUCUCUCGCCCAGCGGUCCGCGGGAGGCUCCCCCGAGCACAUCCCCUCCGGGGGCCUUUCCCCUGCAGGACACUCAGCCAAGCAGGACCGAGCUCAGGAUGGCCGGUUGAUGGGAUGUGAGUUGGAGCAAGGGCCAGUGUCAAGUCCUGGGGACAGGGACGUCUCUGCCACUCUCUCGGAGAGGCCCCCACAAAUAGGAGCUGCUCCUGGUCUGGAGGACAUCUCCCCCACCAGCCCCCCACUUGCAGCUUCCAGGAGGGAGCCCUCGCUGGACACCCCUCAUCCAGAAACUUCCACAGCUCUUCUCUCACCUGUCAGCCCGUCUCCUGCUGGGGACCCCGAGACGCCCCCAGUCCUCCCCCGUGGCCCUUCGUCCUCCACAGUACACCCCUUGGACCCGGGCACCGGCCCCUACUGGACUCGCCCUAGGAGCCCCCUGGCCAACGGCUCUGAUGCUCUUCACCCAAGGAGCAACUCAUUCCCCGGUUCUCAGCGGCCCACGAUGCCCCCAGACCUGGGGAGAUCAGCCUUCUCCUCCUCCCAUUCAGAGCUGCCACAGAUGCCCCCCAGGUCUGCUUCCUAUGGCCGGGGGACCCCUGAGAUGGAUGGGGAGAGGAGCCCUCGCGUCAUUCCAGAACCUACCCCGGGGCAGCACGCACAAGACUGCACCCCGAAUCCAGACAGCCAGCCACGGGGUGCCCCACACCAUCCAGCCUCAGCCCCAGGGGCCCCGGCUUGUGUCUCUGUGGACGGGAGCACCUUGGGCCCCCCACCCGGCCGUGCCACGGAGGGGAGACCCCCGCACCCCGGCGGCCUCCCUACCCGGUCUCCGCAGCCUGCUCUGUUGACUCUGGGGCCCCCCAAAGUCCCACUUCCCCCAGUUCCUGAUGCCCACGUGUCCCGGCAGCUGCGCCCACUGCCGUCCACCCCCGUCUCCGUCUCCCACCACCACCACGCCCAGAGAUACAACAAGCCCCUGCCCCCGACUCCGACUCCGGACCCGACCCAACCUCACCCCGCGGGCAACCCCCGGACCUACAAGCCCCUGCCCCCGCUCCCCACUGCAGAUCUCUCCUCCGAACCACCCCCCCUGCCCCCCAAGAUGCGAGGCAGGAGCAAGAGCACGCAGGGGGUCCCCGCGCACACGGGAGCGCAGGGCGCGGCCAGGCCCGCGCAACACGAGUGGCCAGUCCCCACUGCCCCUGCCGCCGUCACCGUUGCUGCUGGACGGACCUCCUGGCCACCCGCCACCAGCCGACCUGCCGAUGCCCUGACCGCGUCCGCUCGGACUAGGAGCAAAGGGGCCCCCGGGUUGGCGUUCAGCAACAUGACGAACGUCCUGAGACCCUCUUCGUCCACCACCACCACGGCGGGGACCCCGGGGCAGCCGGUCCCGAGGCCUGGCCUGGGGCCCUUCACUCUGAGCAAACCUGUGAUACAGGAAGAUGCCAACGGCCUGCGGACCUCGCAGGAUGGCUCAGCCAGGCGUCUGGGAAGGGCCGGCCACCCGCACCUGGAGAAGGCGUCCAGCUGGCCGCACCGGCGGGAGCCCGGGAGGGCCGCGGAGGACAGCGCUGGACAGGCCACCGCGCCUGCAGAGGGCACGAGCAAGCACAAAGGCUGGAACCGGCAGGGCCUGCGCCGACCGUCCAUCCUGCCCGAGGGCACUGCAGAUACGAGAGGUCUGGCCAUGGAAAAAUUCCCUGGUUCUUCCGACGCCAUUGUUUAUCGGGAGAAAAAACCCAAGGACGUGAAGGGAGGCUUCGCGAGACGCUGCUCCAAGCUCAUCAACUCCUCCCAGCUGCUGUACCAGGAAUACAGCGACGUGGUCCUCAACAAGCAGAUUCAGAGCCAGCAGCGGCUGGACAGCAUCGCGGAAGAGCCCGGGCCGGACAGCCCCCGGCAGCCACAGCGGCCCCUGGCAUCCCCCGAGCUGUCCGUGCAGCGCCUGUCCAUGGUGUCCAGUGCUUCCCUCUGGCAGGAGAUCCCCGUGGUGCGCAACAGCACGGUCCUGCUCUCCAUGACCCAUGAGGACCAAAAGCUCCAAGAGGCCAAGUUUGAAUUGAUCGUCUCUGAGGCCUCCUACCUGCGCAGUCUGCACAUCGCCGUGGACCACUUCCAGCUCUCGGCCCUGCUGCGGGCCACCCUCUCCAACCAGGACCACCAGUGGCUCUUCUCCCGCUUACAGGAUGUGCGUGAUGUCAGCACCACGUUCCUUUCAGACCUGGAAGAAAACUUCGAGAACAACAUCUUCACCUUCCAAGUCUGCGAUGUCGUCCUGAACCACGCUCCCAACUUCCGCCGGGUCUACCUGCCCUACGUCACCAACCAGACCUACCAGGAGCGCACCUUCCAAAACCUCUUGAACAGCAACAGCAGUUUCCGAGAGGUCUUGGAGAAGCUGGAGAGUGACCCCGUGUGCCAGCGCCUUUCGCUCAAGUCCUUCCUGAUUCUUCCCUUCCAGCGCAUCACACGUCUAAAACUGCUGCUCCAGAACAUUCUGAAGAGAACACAGCCGGGCUCCUCAGAGGAAGCAGAGGCCACCAAGGCACAUCAUGCCCUGGAGGAGCUGAUCCGAGACUGCAACGAGAACGUCCGGAAAAUGCGUCGAACCGAGGAAUUGAUCUACCUGAGCCAGAAGAUUGAGUUUGAGUGCAAAAUAUUCCCACUCAUCUCCCAGUCCCGCUGGCUGGUGAAAAGUGGCGAGUUGACGGCCUUGGAGUUCAGCGUGAACCCGGGGAUGCGAAGGAAGCUGAACACUCGUCCUGUGUACCUGCACCUCUUCAAUGACUGUCUGUUGCUGUCUCGCCCCCGAGAGGGCGGCCGGUUCCUGGUAUUUGACCACGCUUCCUUCUCCUCCUACCGGGGAGAAAAGUGUGAAAUGAAGUUACAUGGACAACACAAAAACCUCUUCCGGCUCUUCCUGCGGCAUAAUACUCAGGGCGCCCAGGCUGAAUUCCUCUUCAGCACCGAGACUCAAAGUGAGAAGCUGCGGUGGAUAUCAGCCUUGGCCAUCCCGCGAGAGGACCUGGACCUUCUGGAGUGCUAUGACUCCCCUCAAGUCCAAUGUCUUCGAGCCUACAAGCCCCGGGAGAAUGAUGAGUUGGCUUUGGAGAAGGCUGACGUGGUGAUGGUGACUCAGCAGAGCAGUGAUGGUUGGCUGGAAGGCAUGAGACUGUCAGAUGGGGAGCGAGGUUGGUUCCCUGUACAACAAGUCGAGUUUAUUUCCAACCCAGAGGUCUGGGUGCGGAAUCUGAAGGAGGCCCAACGAGUUAAGAUGGCGAAACUCCAGCUGGUAGAGCAAAAGACCUAGCGGUGGUCUGAGAAGAAUCUCAUGAGCAUCAGAACAAGACGUGCCUGCCGAGACCUGGCCCCAGAGCUCUGCAGUAGAGGCUUCCAUGGACCGAGAACCAGACUGUGGAAUUCCCCAGGACAGAAUCCAGCUGUCCCCCACCUCCUCUUCUGUGCCUUGUGCUUGGUGAGGGGAUUUUGAAGCACCUCAUGCUGGUCUCUAGGAACUUUUUCUCCUAGGAAAAUGGACCCAAGAAGCCAAAGUCAAGGAACUUUACUUCUAGUCCUUAAACAAUCUCUGCUUCUAGAGGACAGAUUAGGAGCUGACCGGCCUUUCUGUCGUGACCGUGUGGUCAGGAGAACCUGACCUCAGUCCACUGCAGAGGGAAAUUUAAGGGCAACCUGCAGAUCAGGUAGAAGGGUCAACUUGGUGACCUCGAAGCCAUCUUCCAAUCCUAGAGACUUUCCGUAAUUGUUGGGGUGAGGUCGGUGCCUGUGUCUCUGGGAUCUCUU